GGCCGGCAGUCUCGCGCGGGCUGUCGUUCGCGACGCAUGCGGUUCCGCGUUCGUUCGUUCGCAUUCUCUCCCGUCUGUUCUCUCGCGCUUCUGUCUGUUCCUGCGCUUGUUCUCCGCUUUUUCGCCGUCUUCCUCGACGCGAUCGAAAUCGCUGUUUCAGCGAACGGCUGUCGCGCGAUUCACGACGAUCCACGGUGGUCGCCUCGGAGGAAUCGCGUGAGUAUCGGCCGCGAAGUCCGCGACGGGCGAAGUGACGAUCGAUCGAUCGAUCGAUCGAUCGGCUGCGAUCGCUGAAGAACGCGUGUAGCAUCCGUGUGCUUUUCCACCUAUCGGCGACGUUAACCAGACGAGAGAGAGAGAGAGAGAGAGAGAGAGAGAGAGAGAGAGAGAGAGAGAGAGAGAGAGAGAGAGAAAGAGAGCGGUCGUAUCGAGAUGUUGUCACGUCGAUCAUCUCGCGGGAUCGUUAUUGAAGAAGCGCGUUGACGUAAUGGAUUUCCGAGUGCGUUCCCGUACGUUCCCGUGUGGGCGACCUUGACGUUCGGAUAUUUACCGCGGUAAGCAGGAAAGAAGGAAGGAAGGAAGGAAGGAAGGAUCUCGUCGCACGCUCGACGACGUGGGGAAAUCACGAUCGAGGGCAGCCGGGAAGAGCGGCAACGGGCGGAAAAAUGGAUUCUCACGGCGGUAGCGCGAGCUUCCCCCCACGUCGCGAUCCGCGGCUAGAUUUACGUGGGACGUCACGAGCCAUAAUCACGGCAGGCUCGAAACGGGAUGUCCGUGGGCUCGGGCGGGCGGCAACCGUUUAGUAAACGGACGACGCAGAAUACUCUGCCGCUCACGAAGAAGGCCAGCGGAAAUCAGGCGAAGCCGCCGAACCCAUCAACGAGGCCAACGGCGAGCGCGGGCAGGAAAAGGGACACGGUCGCGUCGCUGUUCAGCCCGAGGAGGCCAGCGGCGAGCAGAAAAGUCGAGCGCACCAGCGACGUCUGCGGCAAGACGAAGUCGGGGGAUCAGCUAAAAGGGCAACCGAGCCAGCAGCAGCAACAGUCGACGCAGCAGCAGCAGCUGCAGCCGACAUCGCUGCGCCAGGCGCCGAGCGCCUCCUCCCUGGAGGCGAAGAGCGACGUCGCGCCGACUGGAAAUAACUGGGCCGGCUCCCUAGGCGGCAAGGAGCCGGCCAGGCCCAACACCGCCAAGGCGCCGGUGGUCGUCCAUCAGCCCAAGGGCGGUUCCGCCAAGGCCAGCAGGAUGCAGGAGCUGGAGCGCGAGAUCGAGGCUCUGCGUAAGGACCGCGCGCGGCUCGAGGUGAACCUCCGCGACGCCGCCUGCGACGCGCAGAUCCUGCGUGACCUGCGCGCCGAGCUCGCUACUCUCAAGGAGCAGCACAGCCUGGAGCUUGAACGUCUUACAGAAGAGAAUGAAACUCUUCGUGCUCGUCUACGAGACGUGGCACAUUCUCCACUGUCAGACUCGGAGAAGCAGCAGCUGCUGUUAGACGCCUCCAGGCUGCACAAUUCCGCACCAGCCUCCAUCGCAAUCCCUCAGGAUGAUGGAUCUGCAAACAGCACCAACACACCUCAGGAUGGUGCUCAGUGCACCACCCCAGACUGGGACAAGCAUUCCUCCAGCUCUGUGUCAGAGGUUUCGGUUGCAUGCUUGCAGGACAGAAUUUUACAAAUGGAAGAGACGCAUUAUUCCACAAACGAAGAGUUGCAGGCAACUAUUCAGGAGUUGAGUGAUUUACAGGCACAAUUGACGGAGCUGCAAGCCGAGAAUGAAAAACUAACUGAGGAGAAGAGUGUCCUACUGGAGUCAUUGUGUCGUCAGACGGAGAAACUGGAAAAUUCCCGAUCCAAAGUUGAUACUUUGCGAGAACUGCUCUUAAGAGAGGAGCAACCUCAGGAGGCGUCCAAGGGUUACAACACAGAAAGGGAACAAAAGCUAGUGGACCUUUUGAAAAGUGCACAGGAGGAACGAGAAGCUCUGCUUCAGAAGCAAGAGGAGCUGACCAGCGAACUGAAAAGUCUGAGGGUGACCGCUGACACGAGCGCCGCAGAGACCGAACGUCUGAAGAAAUGCGUGGAGGCACUGGAGUCAACGGUGGACACGGUGAACAUUGAACGGAAGCAGCUGGACUUGGAGCUGGCCGAGGCCAGGCAGGAGGGCGCGAACCGCGGUAUAGAGAUCAGCAGGCUGGCGACCCUGCUGGAAAAUGCGCGAGCGAAGAUUGAGGAGCUGGAACAGUCGAGGCAACUGGAAAACAAGAGCGAGGCGGACGAAUUGCUGGACGCGGCCAGGCGAGAAAAGGACACGCUGGAAACGCAGGCGGCGGCACUGCAAGAACAGCUGGCGCGCUCGCACUGUGACCACGAUCGGCUGAGAGACCAGUACUCGCAGCUUCAGGAAGAGUAUAAGGUAGCGCGAAACAACGCAAAGUCCGCGAUAGACGACUUGGAGUACAGACUGAAUCAGCUGAAGGACGAGCGGCUAUCCGUGAGCACGGAGCUCCAACUUGUUCGAGACUCCCUGGCGGAGUUGCAGGCGCAGUGUCAACGGCAUUUGGAGGACAAGAGGGAGCUGAAAACCGCGCUGAGCGAGGCGCAGACGCGCCAAUACGAUCUGGAGCGCGCGUUAGCCGAUGAACGCAAGCUGAGGCGCGACGAGAUCACGGAAUGGGAGCAGUUCCAGACCGAUCUCCUGAUGACUGUGCGAGUGGCCAACGACUUCAAGACCGAGGCGCAGAGCGAGCUGGAGCGCGUGGUCAUGGAAAACAAGGCGCAGAGGGACAAGCUGAGGGCACUUGAGGCGCAGCUUGAUAAGCUGAACAAAGAUAGCACUGCACUGAGUUGCUGCAAGGUACCACUCGAUACCUUUAGCGGAAGUAAGCGGAAAACUAAGGCGAGCACUAUACUAAAGCGUGGUCGAACGAUAAUAAAAAGGCGUUACGAUCCGAGAAAGCAUGCGUUGCUGCAUGAUUUGGUCAGAGCGACCACUACUACAACGACGACACCGACAAGCAGCCAAGAUCUACACCCAACCAAGUCUUCGGACGUCGUGACCGUACCUCCGGUUCAAAACGGAGAUUUCUCAUCGGCGGACGACGUGCCGACGCUCAAGGGCGCUAUCAAGCUGGAGGACAAACUGAUUUCCGGCGAGGAGAUCGAAAUCUAUCCCAAUUUUCACGUCGACAGUCGGCGGAGCACCGAGUGCGUUCCGAAGAGCACGGACGUUCACUUGGCGAGCGGGAGUUCAAAACCACGGAAGAUCCCGAAGAACGAAUCUUCCAAAUCCUGCUCGAGAUCUGAUAAAUUGACAUACACUCCGAGCGAUCAGUCUCCGAUAAUGGCGGACGACUACCCGAAACUCUAUAUCACCGUCGCGAACACGUCGGACAAGAAAACGAUGGCCAAGAACUCGUUGCUGAGGAGUAUUCGCGGUAUUCAGAGCUCCGACGGGGAAUCGUACGGUAUCAACAUUUCGAACAGCCGUUUCUUCGUCCCGAAGAAUUACAUCUUCUCCGGCGUGGAGUGCUCGAUGAACGACCUGAAGUUUGAAGUCGACCCGGAGAUGGGGAAACUAUUGCAGAGGAGCUACAGCAACCCGCAGAUCAGCACGGAUUCGCCUACCCUGGUUCACCUAGAGACGGAUCGCGCGUCCUCGAGUGCCGCAACUGCGGUAGGACCAGUGGAAACUCGAACGUUUGAUGAAACCACGUUGAACAGUGUGUCGAGGCAAUGCGAAGACCCGAAAUGUCCAAGGGCUAACUCGGACACGGCGCUCGCAGAGCUGAAGUCGCGAGGGAAUGAGACGGCCGAGCGAAAGCAGAGGCUGUUCUUGAAGAAGCGCGACUCGAAACCGAGUUGCGAGAUUGUCGACUCUCUAUUGGACGAAACAAUUCCCAGACCCAAGGUGUCCGUUGCGUCUUUGGCUACAAGUCGUACGAGCAGAUUGCCAGAUCAGCUUCAUGACCGCGACAACAUACAAAAUAGCGAAGAACAAGAUGAAACGAGCGAGAUGAAACAUACGAGUCGUAGACUUGUUCCUACAUCGGAAACGCCUCAGGAUCUUGCUAACGAGGCAGCGAAGGGCAAAACGCCGCAAGACCAUCAGCUGUGGACAGCCAAGCAUGUGGUGAUCGAUGAUUGCGAGAUUGAAAACAAACCUGCGCCUGAUGCAACGAUGAUACUCAACGAUAAGAAGAUUCUCGGUACACCAGAAGAUUCGGAGAAAUCCCACUCGUCUGAUAAAAGUAUCGAGUGCGAAAACAAAGCACCGAUGCUCAAGAGAAGCGUAAAUACCGAACUCAAUGACGUAAGAAGGACUCCUUAUGAUCGUCUAGAUGCUCCUUCGACGAGACAGAACGAGGAGAAGCAGGACAGGUCAUCUUGGACGAGUCAAGAGCGGCGACAGAAGUUUAAGUAUUCGAAUUUGGGCGAGACGAAUCGAGCGGACCGCAUAAAGUUCCUGCGAGAUAGUCUACGGAGCGGGGCGAGCGAGCGCGAUUAUCCCAGCGGCGAUGCUGACGUCGGGAAGACGAAUUUUCCUGGAAAUAAACCCGACGAUAUGACAGUUGAAGAGACCAAGGCAGCGCGAAGUCUCGUGGAUCCCUCGAGAUCGUUCGACAAGGAUCAAGACUCGGCGUUCGGACGCACGUCAUCCUUGAGAGAAAAGUAUGAGACAAUCGUGGAGGAUGUGGAAUUGAGGACGACGCCGGGACGGCGCUCACAUGUAGCCAUAUCUUGCGGCCCUAACCAGAAAACCGUCAUACAACAACCGCCGCCGAGACCGGCUAGCACACCCACGGAGACCCAGCAGUCCGUGCUGACGAGCGUGCAGCAGGAAAUGGCCGCUCGCAGGAAGGCGAACAUUUCGCGGCAGGACUCGAGGCUUUCUGUGAAGUGUCUCAUCGAGAGCAUCGAGAACGCUACGAAGCAAGCCAAAGCUGGACCUGGAAGCCGUAGCAGCUCUACGUCAUCCUUAAAUUCGAUCGGAACCAAUGAUAUCAUGACCCUGAAGGCGCCGCUCAGAGAUCAGCAGCAGAUCAAUAAUCUAAUCUGCACGGCGAACUCGACGAACAACAACAAAACGCAGUCCACAAUUGCGAGGAAAUCGGCAUCAGAGACGAAAGCAACGCCGGUGGUCCUGAGCCCGGGCGAGCUGUUGGACUCGGCCGCGCUGAACGCCAAGGCGAUCGACUUUGUCCGUCGAAACAGCGUGACCGACCUCUCGGAACGCAAGGACCCGCUGUGCGGCUUAGUGAAGAACGGGGGCUCCAAGCGCAACGCCUUGCUCAAAUGGUGUCAGAACAAGACGAUAGGUUACCGGAACAUCGACAUAACAAACUUCAGCAGCUCGUGGAACGACGGCUUAGCGCUGUGCGCGAUCUUGCACUCCUAUCUGCCGCGCAAGGUGCCGUACGAUACUUUGACGCCGGUCGAAAAGCGACGGAACUUCUCAAUAGCCUUCUCCGCUGCCGAGAGCGUCGGCAUACCGACAACUCUGAAUAUAGGCGAGAUGUGUCAGCUCGAGCGACCUGAUUGGCAACAAGUCAUGACGUACGUGACCAGCAUCUACAAGCACUUCGAGACGUAACUGAUGACAUCGUCCGAGCAUAUCCGAGCCUAGUGUCAGGCACGUCCUACGUAUAAUAUAUUCUCUGAACGCCUCCUGGAGUCGCGAGAGGCGAAGAGCGAAGGAAGAACAACAACAUCUAGUCAACUAAAUUCAAUAAGAUGAGAAAGGAAAAACGGCAGAGAGAGAAGGAAGGAAGGAAGGAAGGGGGAGGAAGUGUACGCAGCAGAGAAAACGUCCGGAGAUUUCUCGGGGAUCGCUGAAUCCGCACUGCCUACUAUUUACUAAUCGUACUGCCUUGUAUACGCGCUGUAUAUAUAUAAUUUUGAAUCUUGAAAAUCUAUGGCUGCUGGAGUGUAUACAGGAAGAGUAAGAGAGACCGAACUCGACGGAAGACUAAACACCAAAUGGAAUUGCUGUUACUAUGAGACUGAAAAAAACUUAUAUACAUACAUACAUAAAAUACAUACGUAUAUAGAUACAUGCAUCGCGCGCACGCUUCGUAGCGGUACACACGUGCAGUGGAAUCAUUGAUGAAUUUCGGGAGAGCAGGCUUUUUCCGUGUUUCACGAGAACCACAGACAACAAAGGAGGUGGAAAUAACAAGGCAACAGGUUACGCGAAUAGUUUUCACGCAGAACGAGAAUAGCUGUGCGUUUUUGAGCAGUGACACAUACACAGAAUAUAUAUAUAUAUACACAUACGUACACACACACACACACACACACAUACACACAUAUACCACCGCCUCUGCAUCGUAGCAUAUUCACAUUGCACGUUUUGCAAAGAAUCGAGUGUUUGCGUUCCUCGUACCGUGAGUAUUUUUGUACGUGUAUUAUUUUUCGAGAAACUUUUUUGUAAAGUUCGCAAAAAAGAGAGUGUACAGAACGAAGCGCCUUAUAAUUUAAGAUAUCUAAUUUAUUGCAAUUAGUCGUAUUUUAGCCGCUCUUAUCGAAUGGAGAGGACCGCUCGCCCCCUCGCCCUUGAAAAGAGAGGAAGAAGGAGAAGGGGAGGAGGAUCAUUUUGCGUUUCAUACUUUGUACGCCGAUAAGGAGAGGAGCAAGGAAAUUUACGUCGCGCGAAGAUUAAGUUCUCUGUGAUAUAGCGAGAUAGCCCCGAAACAGAGAUACAGAUAUUGUCGUUAUCGCUAAUUACUAUAAUUGUACUCUAUUACCGCUAUAAUAUACUAUCGUCUUCAUCGUCCUCAUUGUUGUACUAUCGUGUAGACAACAAACGGACACGCUGUCUGAUGUGAAACAAAUAAACUUGCCUAACUGGA